UAACAUUGUCUAAAUUGUUUUAUAAAAAAACUUCAAAUUAAAAAAUAAGAAUGGAAUGUGGAGAUUCGAUCGCUCAAAAGCAUUAAAAGCAGUCUAGUACUCACAAAGCGAAUUCGAAUCCUUCAAAUUGUUACUAAGCCUCAGGUAAUCAAUCUAUUUAACUAUCAUACGAACAGCGAAACCGAGACCCUGGAUCGAACGAGGCAACCUAGCUUGCGUGUGUAUGUGUAUAAGCAAAAUAUAAAAGUAUAAGCAAAAGCAUCAAACACUUCAUAGACACCUACUCAAAAAGCUUAAGCAUUCCAAAAUAGGCCAUCCAUUUGCCGAAACUGAAGCCACAGUAGGCAGCAAGCAGCAAGCAGCAGGGAGUUCCAGAGCGAUUAACACUUGUUUGGAAAUCGCAAACGCAGGCAGUUUAAAUUCACACUGGAUCAGCCGCAGGAGAUGGAAAUUGAUGCGCAAUCAGCGCAACGACCCAGCGAGAAUAAUCUUUAUCGACAAAACUCAUUCAGCGUUGCCCACUCGGAGUCAUCAAUGAAUUUCGACUAUUUGCACGGUCUUCGUUCAGGCACUGUGCCUUCCACAUCCACAGCAGCCUCUGGCCCCAGUGACAAUGCAAGCAACAACUCAUAUGGACUAGUCGACGACAGUAGAGCACUGGACAGAACAAUAAAUACCAAUGAGAGAUUUGUUAACAUAUUGGAUCAGAUUGAUGCACGUGUAGAGAAGCUUCGCAAAGAUGCUCUUAAUUUACAAGAGAUGAAAGACUAUCUCUUAAUGUCUAUGGAUCUGAUUAAGAGCAACGAAAUGCUUCAGAAGAUGAGAGAGUCCGAGCGCGAGGAGGUCAUGCUGUACAUACAACGAGUCAGUUCACGCCUAGGAACGGUUGAAUUAAAUGUGCGCACUGUGCGUGACAACUCUCAGGAGGACUCGCUUAGUCAAAUCAAUUCUUUGAUCGACACUAUGAUAAAAGUGGGGGAUCCUGUGAUCGCCCGCCAACGUUGCCAGCUGUACUUGAACGCCUGCUGCACUAGUGCCAUGGACCCGUCUGGACAUCUGGACACCUUGUACGAGGCUGAUGUCGGCCCGAUCGACAAGAAAUUUGAGAGCGCCCUACUUGGUUGUACCUUGGACGACCAGAAGAAUAUAAAGAAGCGAUUGCAGGCUUUAAUGGGUUACUUAAACAAGCAAACUGUUAGCCAUUAA